UGGCUGUUGGAUGAUACAAAUCUAAUCCAUUUGAACUAGCUAGUAUGAUGGAGUAUAUCAAGAAGCUAAACUCCAAUCCUGUAAGCUACGCUAGACACCCACAAAGCUGUAGGUCUAUAUAUUAGGAGGGUCUGUGUGCAACCCAAUCAACCAACCAUAGAACACCAUGACCACACCAAGCUCGCACUUCCAUUCCACGCUGCUGCUGCCAGUACUCCUGCUCCAGAUAUCUGUUGUGGCUGAUCACAUGAUCCUGGGUGCCUCUGCCGAACAGCAACAGCCGCCGAUGAUCGCCCGUCGGGGUUGUCGCGACAAGUGCGGCAACAUCAGCAUCCCCUUCCCUUUCGGAAUCGGGCAUGGCUGCUUCCACGAGGGUUUCGAGGUACACUGCAAGGACUCCGCUCGUCCCCCUCGCGCCUUCCUAGCAAGUGCUUUCCUUGGAACCCACCAGUGGGAAGGCUCCACCACCGAGCUCCACCUCCAUGGCGACCCGCUCACUCUUAACAGGUCGUUGCCGUCGAUGCUGCCGCUCGAGCUCGUAAGCAUAUCAGUUGCAACGAGCGAGGCGCGGGCAUACGGCGGGGUCUCAUACCUGUGCACCACCGAUGAGACCAGAGGGUUGUUCAAGUUUUACACGAUGCCUCUCUACUUCACACCGUUUGGUGUGUCGGCGAUGCGUAAUGCUCUCGUCGGUGUCGGCUGGAGAGCCGAACCAUAUCUAGCCAUCCAUGAUUCAAAGAAUGCGGCCUACGACCACUUCUUCUGCCGUUCAGACAUCCUGGAGGUGGAUUUCCUUGGGCACGUGAGAAAUGGGUCGUGCACAGGGCAGGGCUGCUGUGAGACACCAUUUCCCCCGGCAUACAGAUCCGUCCAAUUUGCCCAAAUGAAGAUCUUGGUCGAAAACAACAGCAUGUGGAGUAUCAUGCCAUGCUCAUACGGCAUGUUGGUGGAGAAGUCAUGGUACAACUUCUCGACGCCAGACAUGUACGGCGACAGGGUGCUUGCCAAAAGAUUCCCCCGGGGCGUCCCCUUUGUGCUCGAUUUCGCAAUCGGGAAAGCUUCGUGUCCGGCGGAAGGCCAGCAGCCGCCUUCGGACUAUGCAUGUGUCAGCGGCAACAGCUCUUGCGCCAAUGCAACCAUUGGCUAUGUGUGCAGGUGCUGGAAGAAUUACGAGGGCAACCCUUACAUGAACAACGGAUGCCAAGACAUCGAUGAAUGCAAGCUUCCCGAGUUGUAUCCCUGCUCGAGUGACGGGAUCUGCAAAAACAUGCCAGGAGGCUACAAUUGUCCGUGCAGAUUUGGAAUGAAAGGCGACGGCAAAGCAGGAACGUGCACAAGCAUAUUCCCCCUAGCAGCAAGGGUGGCCGUUG